AUGUCGCAUUCCGACCACGAAAGGACUAUCGAACAGCAGCAGAACCAUUUUGUGCUUCUGAAUCGAUCUCUCCAACCAAAUGACCUCCUCGCACAAACCAAGGCAAAUGACGCGGCUACUGCUCGUCUGCAUCAAGGAUGUGUGACACUGGGAGUCACUGACCACGUCGAGGAAUUUGCGCAACAUCUCUUUCGGGAUUUCUUCAUGCCUGUCACUCCCAAGGUCGUCGGGGUGAUGGAGAGGGCAGGUAUCGCAGCUUGUAUCUGGACCUCUUGUUCCGAACACAAACUCGACAUCAGUAAAGACCAGGUUUGCCUCACCGUCAACAUCGGGAUGGAGCCUCUGCAGUAUUCUCUCGAGAAGGUGCAGGGGUCCUAUGCCAAAUCCAGACAUCGAUAUUUCAAGCGCAAACUUCGUGCCAAGUCAGUAGCAAGAGGUGCCGUCUAUGACCACGCCACCAGACGAAGGAGGAGGUUGUGUGGCAGAGAUGUGACUGGGGAGCUGAGAGCCCAGAUCUUCAUUCUGGCCAGUCGGAUGUGA